UUGAAGGCGUCAGUCCUGUCUCAAUCUGCACCAGUGGAGAAUUGGCCUCUGUUUGUAGUAAUGACACCGUGGAUUUACUUCGUUGAUGCAGCUUGCUCCAUGUCUUCUUCUCUCUUUAUCUAGCGAAAGGUGCACGCUACAAUUAUGGAGUUUUGAAAAGGAAAGUGAGAGUUUGGGGGGAAAGGGGCCCUUUCCCCUCAAGUUUGAUGGUUGGACUGCUGGACAGGAUGGUCAGAGGGGUUGAUGAAAAUAAUCGUUACCUUUUGUAAAUCAGUAGAGGAAUAUCUAUUUUUGCAAACACUUAAAUGUAAGAUUUUGUAUAAAACUGAGUAGAAUUUUUCUAUGUAUUGAAUUCUUAAUGCCAAUGUAUGCUACAAGCACCUUAGUUUGUGUUCAAUUCUUGGUCGAAAUGGUGGACUGAAACAAGUCGCUCUGGGGUCGCUAGGGUGCGGUGGAAACUCAACACAAGCACAAUUCUAGCACUCCAAGCCAUCUCGACCUCUUAUUGAUACAUUUUUUUUGUCUAUGUACCUUUAGCCUCUUGGAGAGCAGCUAUAGUUUGCAAUUUUUCAUUGAGUUUAUUUGUUAGUGGUUGGCUGUGAGAAAGACUUUUGCAGAACAUAAAGGAGGAGAGGUCACUGUGAAAAAUCAGUGAAGGUCAGGAUGAGUCUUGCACUGCAGAACUGCACCCCCAAAUGCCGCUCACUGCAGCACGCAGAGGAUGUAGUAGCGGCACUGACGUGUCGCUCCGAGGCGCCGCUGCGGGGAUUCUUGUCUUCACACUGCCAGAAUGUGGCCACCCUGCGGGAUGACUUUGGCCGCACAGCCCUGCACAUGGCGGCCUCAGUGGGAAAGAAGGCCGUGCUAGAGUGGCUCCUGGAGAGUAAGAGUGCUGACCUGAUGCUGAAGGAUAAGGAAUCAGGCUGGACCGCUCUGCAUCGCAGCGCCUUCUACGGACAUAUCCACUGUCUCAUAUCGCUGGUCAAGCAUGGUGGACUUCUGUCCACCCAGGACAAGGAGGGAUUCUCUGUCCUGGACCUGACGAUGAAGGACCGACCAACACAUGUUGUGUUCAAAAACACUGACCCAACUGAAGUAUACACAUGGGGAAACAACACUAAUUUCAGUCUUGGCCAUGGUAAUCAGGAGAGCCGGCAGCACCCGGAGCUUGUGGAUGUUUUUGCAAGGACUGCAGUUUGCAUAAAGCAGGUGGUUCUGUGUAAAUUCCACUCUGUGUUCCUGUCUCAGAAAGGCCAGGUGUUCACCUGUGGCCAUGGACAAGGAGGACGACUUGGCCAUGGAGAUGAACAGACUUAUCUGGUUCCUCGGAUGGUGGAGGGUCUGAUGUCCCACCACUGCUCCCAGGUGGCAGCAGCGAAAGACCACACGGUGGUUCUUACAGAGGAGGGAUACGUUUACACUUUUGGCCUCAACACCUUUCACCAGCUUGGCCUAGCUCCACCUCCCACCUCAGCGCACGUCCCUAAACAGGUGUUCUCCAAGACGCUUAGAGGGAGGACAGUGAUUGGAGUUGCAGCAGGGAGAUUCCAUACAGUGCUGUGGACCAGGGAGGCUGUCUAUACAAUGGGACUAAAUGGAGGCCAGUUGGGUUACCUCCUGGAUCCUAAUGGAGAGAAGUGUGUGACAGCCCCCCGGCAGGUAUCAGCCUUGCACCAUAAAGAUGUUACCAUAGCCAUGGCAGCAGCGAGUCAGGGAGCAACAGUAGUCGUUACUGAGAAGGGGGAUGUCUACCUGUUGGCCGACUACCAGUGCAAGAAAAUUGCAUCAAGGCAACUCAACAUUAAGAAGGUUCUUGUCAGUGGCGGCAGUCUGGACCACCGUGUCGAUCCACAGCUGCUGAAUGAGGGAGGAGGGGAAAAGGUGGUCAUCUUGGCAUUAGAUGAAGCUGGGAGGGUGUUCUGCUGGCGUUCUUCCGGCAGCUCGGUGAGACAGUGCCGGUGGGCGUACGGACGUCAGGUUUUCAUGUCGGACAUAGCGCUCAGCAAGAACAGCAUGAUGUUUGUGACUCAGGACGGGGAGGGUUUCAGUGGCGUGUGGGCUGGAGAAUAUAAGAAGUAUGGUGAGAAGAAAGAAGUCAGUGUGGAGGUUUGUGGCCAUUCAGAUGCUGGGACACUGUAUGAGCGAAUCCGCUUGGAGAAACUCCCAUAUGUCCACAGAGCUGUCACCAUCACCAUGGACUCAAAAGGUCGAAAUUUUGGAGUGCUUCAGGCAGACCCCAAAACAAGCCUGUAUGAGAUUCCCAGCAUUUCUCCAUCCUCCCUCUCCCAACACUUCCGGAGCCUUCUGGAUGAGGCAGAUGAAAUGGACAGCAUCCACGACGUGACUCUUCAGGCCGGCAAUCGCACCUUCCCUGCUCACAAGUACAUCUUGUCAAUGAGGUCCGAGUUCUUCCGGAAGCUGUUCAUAUCCGAGCACAGUGAAGUUGGUGAUGAUCUCGAUCAGGAAGUGAGGAAGAGCGAAGAUGCUGUGGGCUGCGACUUACUCAUUUUGGAAAAAAUCCCACCAGACAUGCUCGAAUACGCCCUCCACUUCAUCUACACAGACUCCUGUGAGCUGCUGGUGCAAGGAGCCCGGCCAAGGGUCUCAGCUGCCCUGAUUGGGCAAAAUCAGGAUUCAGAGCAGGAGAGGCUUAUCAGCAGCCUGCAGGACCUGGGCCUGAGAGGCGGUUCAGCCCUGGAGGUGUACCGCUCCCUUCCCCCUGCUACCAAAGAAGAUGGCAACAAGGCCAAGAGCAAGGGCUCCAAGUCUGGCAAGAAGGCGAAAGGAGGCAGAGGUGACAAGGCGAGAGCCAAUGAAGGAGGGGCCAACCCUGUUAAAACCUUGCAGGGCGUUGCAAAGAAGCUCGGCCUGGGCAGCCUGUCUGCACGACUGGAUGGAGUCAAAUAUGAAAAUGGAAAAAUUGUUGUCAAUCACAAGAAAACUUGCAACAAAUCCAAAUUCUACCAGAGGAAAUGCUCCUACCUCUGUGAUGUUACUCUUAAAUCUGAAGACGGCAAAGAAUUUCCUUGUCACAAAAGUAUCCUCUGUGCAAGACUGGAAUAUUUCAACAGUAUGCUUGGAAACCCCUGGAUUGAGGCCACAUCCUGUAAUGCACUGGAGAUGCCGAUCAGCUCAGAGACCCUGCAGGUCAUUCUCGAGUAUAUUUAUACAGAUGAGUCUCCCACCAUCAAAGAGUGUCUGAAUGUAGAGUUUGUCUGCAGCGUACUGGUUGUGGCCGACCAGCUGCUCAUCACACGACUGAAGGAAAUGUGCGAGGUCGUCAUCACUGAGAAAUUGACUCUGAAGAACGCUGCAGAGCUGCUGGAGUUUGCCGCCGUGUACAACGCAGAGCAGCUCAAACUCUCCUGUCUCCAGUUCAUUGUGCUCAACAUGGCCGCCCUGCUCGAGUCAAAAGCUCUGGAUAUUCUUAGUGAUGAGGUGCUUGUGGAUCUCUCUGCAGCUUACAUUCAGAUGAUUCCAGCCAUGCAAAGGAGAGUGAUCACUCCGUUCAGUGGAGCUCCAGACCUCAGUGUGUAUGGAGAUGAAAAUUUGGACUCAGCCUUAAGCCAUAAACCAGAGGAAGAACUUGAUCACUCCACCAGGGAUAUCCUGUUAAAGAAGGCAAAGAUGAAGGCUAAAAAGAAACCAAGGCGUCGGUCUGACAGCUCAGGGGGCUACACUCUCUCUCAUAUCAUCCAAAGCCCACCUGUUGCAGUGGUCCCCCAGAGCCUGGUGAAGACAGGCAAGGCAAACUCCACUGAGUCUCUGCAGGAGCUGCUCACAUCAGAUUCUGAGGGCAGCUACAUGGGGCUAGGCAGUCCCAGGGACGUGCAGUCACCUGUCUUCCAUGACAGAGCUGAGGACGAGAAGGCUCUCAGUCAAAAGCUGAAGACUCCACCCAGCACCCCAACGUCACUGAGAAAUGGCCUCUCAACUUCCCCCAACUCUGCAUCACAACUCAUCCCCAAGGUCCGUCCCAGCCCUGCUCAUCCACCUCCAGUCUUGGAUCUGAGAACCAUCAUGGACAUGGAAGCCAACUCUCUGCCGACACUUGGAGCAACUCCUAAAAGUCCUGGAAGUGUCAGCACCAUCAUGAAGCUGUCCCCCGUUCCAACUAAACUGUCCCAGAAGCAGAGGAAGAUGCUGGCCAUGGCCAACAAGGAGGCCAGUGUGGAGUCCACAGCUUCCAAACCAACCCCCACAGUUACCCCAUCCAAAAGCAGUGGGAAGGCCUGGGCUACAGCACCUCAGUCCCCUCCCUCCUCAUGCUCAUUUCGGGCUCUGCUGGAGGAGGAGGAGAACCGUCUAAUCAAAGUGGGACAAACUGGAAUACAGCGGGCUCAAGGCGUUCCGGUGUCACCUGUCACCCCUACACCUGCUGCCAGGAGGGUCACGUUUAAAUCUGAAAGCAACGAGUCAGAGCGAGCCCCUGGGCCCUGGGUGCUUGGUGCAGCGGGCAGCCCUCCUGUCUACUCCCAGGUGGCCUUUGCCUCCAUCGUAGAGGAGGAGAAGGAACAGGAAGCCGCUCUGAUCCGCAGCCGAGAGAAGCCGCUGGCACUAAUCCAGAUUGAAGAGUGCGCCAUCCAAGACCUCCUGCUCCAUUAUAAGGCUCGUGACAACCCUGAUGAGCUGAUAGUGGUGGAGAGGUCUUCCAGGGGUCCCAUUGCAGCCCCAACCUGGAACAAACACUGAUAUAUAACAGCACAGACCACAUACCAUCAAAGUGAAAACAUCCCUUGGAGUUGUCAUUGUAAUGUUGGCAGGGUUCCUGCUGCAGCUUCAUCCAACCCUCACAUAUCAUCAGAUCCAUCAGUCUGUGUUAAGUCCAGUUGGAGAUAUGAGACUGAGGCAAAUCUUUGCUUCUUUGUGCAGUGUUACUUUAACUUCUGUUUUAUUGCUGCUCAACAUUUUGUGUUUGUUUGCGCACGACAGAGUGAGUGUUGUUCAUGACUGAAUGUGGUCCUGAAGAGUUGUUUUUGAGCCAGGGAUUACUUAUGCACAUUUUUAAGUUAAGAGUUAAAUUAUGUUAAAAACACAUUUCACCAAAAACAUUGCUAGUUAUAUGAAGAUGAGGCUGCCAAAGAAAAAGUAGUAGGAAUGUUGAAGCCCCAAAAUGGGUCCAAACUACAUCCCUUUGAGCAUUUUUGUUUUAAAUCAGUGAAAGCUCUCAAUGCUAAUUAAGGAAAUAACAGUGCCAAUGAUCAACCUUGGCAGAGCAGAUCAGCUGUGCUUAAGUAAAGUGAAGUGUUUACUAAGGCUGUACCUUCAGUUUCUUUUCAUGGUCCUUUUGCCUUUCUUAUACAUUGUUUUUUUUGCAUAUGCUGAUUUGCAGUGACAUUGAAAUGUAAUGUAAACUGAUGUUUAAAAUGCAUAUUUAAUAUAUGCUAAGUGAUGCAGUUGCAGUGCACCAUUGUCAAUGCUCAGUAGGGUUUAUUUUGUGGAACUGUCUGUCUAGCCUUUAAAGUUACUACAAGAGUGUUUUAAAGGAGGUGGUCUGCCUUAAAUGAUGACAACACAGAUACAGCAGCUAUAGAAUAUAACAUUUUGUUCAACCUUUUCUUUCCUUCAUUAGUUGUUCUAGUCUCCUGGUUGUUGUUUUUUUUGGCCUGGAGCCGGUGUAAGCUGAGUAGGUCACUUGGUUCUUGACCAUGUUAUGUUGUCUUGACUUGCCAUUUGUUUGUAUGUGUGGGUGAGACACGGAUGUGAAGCGAAAAAGGCAUGCAUUAAAAUGUCUAACAUGUCAAAUGA